UUCGGUAUGUCAAUAUACAGUCCCGCUUGAACCGAUGCUCAAUGUAGACGGACAUAGAAAGUGUUUUAGUGUCGAUAGCAGUCAUUCUCAGUAUUGCCAACAAAUUACUCGAAUGAAAAUAGUGGAAAAUUCUUCAUUAGAAUGAAAUUUGCUGAGCAUUUAACAGCCCAUAUCACUCCGGAAUGGAGAAAACAAUAUAUCAAUUACGAGGAAAUGAAAGCUAUGCUCUAUGCAGCUGUAGAACAAGCUCCAUCAGCAGAACUGGUGGAUCCUGAAAUGCUGACUCGGUAUUUUACAAAAUUUGAUGAAAAGUUUUUCCACUAUAGUGAUAAGGAAUUGGCCAAAAUCAACACAUUUUAUUCAGAAAAACUUGCUGAAGCAACGCGGAAGUAUGCAAAUCUCCGAACAGAACUCAGUGAAGCUCAAGAAGACGGUUUCCAGAGUAAAAAAUCAAUAUCUCGACGAACGAAACUGCUGCACAAGAAAAACGUCCCGGCUAGAAAGAUUCAAGAACUAAAACUGGCAUUCAGUGAAUUUUAUCUGGGAUUGAUUCUGUUGCAAAACUAUCAAAAUCUCAACUUUACCGGAUUUCGAAAAAUAUUAAAAAAACAUGAUAAAUUGUUGAGCGUAGACUUCGGGGCACGAUGGCGUGUCGAACAUGUCGAACAAUCGCAUUUUUACACAAACAAAGACAUUGAUCGGUUAAUACAGGAAACGGAACUAGUGGUAACUCAAGAUAUAGAAGGUGGUGACCGGCAAAAGGCAAUGAAAAGAUUAAGGGUUCCACCACUUGGCGAACAGCAAAGUCCUUGGAUCACAUUCAAAGUGGGAUUAUUUUCUGGUGCAUUUAUAGUACUUCUCACAGCCGUGCUGUUGUCCGGCAUCUUCCACAGUUCGAAAGACUGGCGAAUAGCUACAAGACUCUUUCGAGGACCUCUGUUAUUGAUUGAGUUCCUAUUUUUAUGGGGUGUAAAUGUUUACGGUUGGCGAUCGUCUGGAGUGAAUCAUGUGCUAAUAUUUGAAAUGGAUCCCAGAAAUCAUUUAUCAGAACAACACUUGAUGGAAUUAGCAUCAGUUUUCGGUGUCAUUUGGACCGUUUGCGUGUUGGGAUUUUUAUUCAAUGAUGCUUUAAGCAUACCUACAUUCGCCAGUCCGCUAAUCUUAUAUUCGUUGAUGCUAAUAUUUCUGUUCAAUCCAACGAAAACGUUGCGCCACGAAGCCAGAUUCUGGACGAUACGAGUGAUUGGUAGAAUUAUUUUAGCUCCGUUUUUUUACGUUGGUUUUGCCGACUUUUGGGUAGCCGAUCAGCUAAACAGUCUCGUGCCGGCAUUUUUAGACAUUCAAUAUUUCAUUUGUUUUUACACGAAGAAUUCGUACUGGUCGGAUGAUAAUGUGGAUGUUGAUUCGUGUAUAGACAAAUCAUAUUUUAUUAGACCAAUGGUGGCAAUGUUACCAGCUUGGUUUCGAUUCGCCCAGUGUCUGAGACGCUAUCGUGAUACUAAAGAAGCAUUUCCACAUUUGGCAAACGCAGCCAAAUAUUCGACAUCAUUCUUCGUUGUGAUAUUCUCGUCGCUGACGUUGGCUUCCCAAAAUUCCUUUAAGUCAUCGGCAGAGAAUCCGUGGUUUUACUUUUGGAUAAUAGCAUCUGUUGUUUCAUCGUGUUACGCAUACACAUGGGACAUAAAAAUGGACUGGGGGCUUUUCGAUUCGAAAGCUGGUGAUAAUAAAUUCUUGAGGGAGGAAAUUGUUUACUCGGGAACGUGGAUCUACUACUUCGCCAUAAUUGAAGAUCUGAUCCUACGUUUCGGAUGGACCUUAUCCAUGUCGCUGAUUGAGGCUGGAUUUAUUGAAAGUGAAUUAAUGAUGACGAUUCUCAGUCCGUUGGAAGUGUUUCGCCGUUUCAUGUGGAAUUUCUUUCGAUUGGAAAAUGAACAUUUGAAUAAUUGUGGUAAAUUUCGAGCUGUACGGGACAUAUCUGUCGCUCCCAUCGAUCAAUCCGAUCAGAUUACCAUUCUUCGAAUGAUGGACAUGGAUGGGGAUGAAGAUGGGGUGAUAAACCGUCGCGAAAAGACAAAAAUCAGUAAAAAGAAAAAUGAUCUCCGGUUUUUGAUUCAGGGAAAUUCUGUUGAUGAAUUGGAUAGUUAAAGAUGUUGUGAUGUAGGAAGAGAAUAAAAUAUUUUUUUAAGUUUUAACAUGA